GCAGGCAGGAAGUAGCCGUUGUUGUAGCGACCGGGAUGCUGCGCAUGCUCAGAAGUGGUGCGUUUGGUUUCCAUGGUAACAUCAUAACGCAGUUGGAGUGUAGCGUGACAUGAUGGAGUCGAGUCCGGUUCUGCUGUAUGGAGAAGCUGAGGGAAUGGUGCGGAGUCUACAGAGGUUACCGCUGCGAGACACGGGCUCAGGAGGGUGGUUCAAGCAGCAUGAAUAUAUAGAGAAAUUGAACAUGCAGGCAAUCCUGAAUGCCUCUGCCGGCCAAGAGGAGAUGAUCAAGGAUUUACUGGUGACACAUGGAAAGGUUUCCACGUUGAUUCAUGAGUUAAUCAGUAUUGAGCUCUGGAAGCAGAAAGUCUUCCCUGUGAUCUGUCAGCUUCAGGAUUUCCAGCCCAAAAGCACAUUCCCCCUGUAUAUGGUGGUUCAUCAUGAGGCCACCAUUAUUAAUAUUCUGGAAACAAUAUUCUACCACAAGGAUGUAUGUGAAUCUGCAGAGGACCUGGUGCUGGAUCUGGUUGAUUAUUGUCAUCGAAAGCUUACAUUGCUGCUCUCACAUUCUUCUGAAGACAUAAUACAAGGCCAGGACAGACUGCUGCCAAGCACAGGCAGCGAGACCUCAUCACUGGAGGAACUGAAACUGCAGGCUGAAGCCUUGGACUUUGAUAUUGCCCUGAAGUGUCUAUCGGUCCUGCGGUACAUUACUGACCACACAGACAGCCUCCUGCUGAGCGUGACCACAAGACUGCUCAAUACCCAUAACUUUCCCUGUGUCCUGGUGGAACUUCUGCACAGAUGUCCCUGGAGUCGGCGGAUUAAAGGUCAGCUGCAAAAGUAUGAGAGUGGCCGCUGGUUGUCAGUGCCUACCGAGGACCAACAGAAGAUGACUAAGCUGGACGGUCAGGUGUGGAUAUCUCUGUACAACCUUCUUCUGAGGCCAGAGUGCCAGCAGAAAUACAACAUCAACAAUUUCACAAGAGGGCAACUUCUCAAGCUUCGUAGUUAUCUCACAGAAGUCCUCAUUGAUCAAUUGCCAAACUUAGUGGAACUGCAGCGAUUUCUCAGCCAUCUGUCUGUGAGUGAACCAGCACCACCAAAGAAGGAACUCCUCUUAGAGCAGGUUCCAGAAGUCUGGGACUCCAUUAUCAGAGAGAGUUCUGGCAAAUGGAAGGCAAUAGCAAAAUACCAAGUGAAGCAUGCAUUCUCUCCUAGUGACAGUGACCUGCGUCUCCAGGCUCAGAGAUGGGCCCAGACCUAUAACAUGGAUGUAAUGGAAGCACUAGUGCCAGAUAAGCCCAAGUGUGGAUCCUGUGGGGCAGAAGCUGCCAAACGCUGCUCCCGCUGUCAGAAUGAAUGGUACUGCAACAGGCAGUGUCAGGUCAGUCACUGGCAAAAACAUAAGAAAGCUUGUCACCUAGUGAGUGAGGCUAAGAAGAAGAUAAGAGGAGAUGAAAACUCAGAUGUGAAUUGUUAACCAUGAGAAUUGCAGUCCUGCCAGCUAAAGCCAUUGAAGCCAUCAAGCCUUAAAAGAAUACUGUAUAGACCAUUACAUUUAUGGAUAGUGUUCAGGGUAAAUCACACCAGGUACAAUGGAAGACGCCAUCAGCUCACCAUGACAGGACCCUGCCCACAACAACUGCUGACCAGUAUUUCAAGGAAUUAUUUAUUCUGAACUUCCAGUGAAGGAAAUGUGUCUUGUCUAUGGUUGAGUGAGUGAGUUCUGCAUCUGGUUGUAAAAAACUGUAUCGUCCUUAUUUAUUAUUCACAUCAUUAAAUGCCUUUGUAACAAA